GUGUCCUUUCGGUUCGUUUCGGCAGGAACUGGAAAUGCUUUUGUUCGUUACCAAACGUUGGACAUGGCUCACCGAGCUAAGGUUGAGUUGUCCGGUCAGUACAUUGGCAAGUUCCAGUGCAAGAUAGGAUACGUUAAAGCUACUCCGACGAACAGAAUUUGGGUUGGUGGUCUUGGCGUAUGGACUUCGGUUACUCAGUUGGAGCGUGAGUUCGGCCGUUUUGGUGCCAUCAAAAAGAUCGAAUAUAACAAAGGGGACACCCAGGCCUACAUUCUGUACGAUUCUAUUGAUGCUGCUACGGCUGCUGUGAAGGAAAUGCGUGGAUUCCCGUUAGGGGCACCGGAUCGUCGUAUUCGUAUCGAUUUUGCUGAUAACGGAACAACACCAUCGUUCUCAAAGCGCAGUGGAGGUUUUGACGAAGGCGGAUUCCAAUACGGGGAGCACCACUGGCAAAUCUGAUGCCUACGACGACGACGGAAUAUUCGGCACCGAUUUGAAAGACGAAUGAUGACUCAAAGGAUUUUAUGACCACAACAAAAAAUAACAGCAUGCAGAUAAGUAGGUAUCAACAACUAAUCGGUGGAGUUUAACGAACGGCAACACCCCAGAUCGAAAGCUAGAUAUUGACCAAAUGCUGCCCCUAUUUGCAUAAGCGUUCCAUGUCAGCUUUCUCCAACUUAAGUAAUAUGCUGUUGAAUUUUUCA